AUGACGAUUCACCUCUUUUUUUUUUGGCCAGCUUGCCCCCCUUCCCCCUCCACACGUCCUCGCCGACGCGCUGGUCGGCCGCGAGCGAGCCGUUUCACGUUCAUCUCGUUGGUGCGUAUGGCGUCCGAGUCGGAGCCGCGUGGGCACGUCGCCUUUUGCGUUGUAUGCGCCAGCAAUCAGAAUCGGUCCAUGUCGGCCCACAACUCAUUAAAGAACGCUGGCUUUCAAGUGACAUCGGCAGGGACAGGCUCCGCGGUACGAUUGCCUGGCCCUUCCAUUGACAAGCCCAAUAUCUAUUCGUUCGGUACACCGUACGAAGUUAUGUUCCAAGAUUUGUUGAAAAAAGAUCCAAAACUGUACGAGGCCAAUGGCCUCUUACCUAUGCUGGAUCGGAACCGCAAAAUCAAAACGGCCCCAGAACGAUGGCAUGAAAGUCGUCGUGUGGCCGAUGUGGUCAUUACAUGCGAAGAGCGGUGCUUUGAUAGCGUGUGUGAAGACCUGCUGAGCCGACGGCACGAACUCAAUCGACCUGUGCAUGUCAUCAAUGUCGAAAUCAAAGACAACCAUGAAGAGGCACAAAAAGCCGCCAAAGCCAUCCUGGAGCUGGCUGAUCAGAUUGAACGCGCGCAUGAUCUCGACGAGGAUAUGGAUACUAUCUUAGAGGAGCAGCAGCAGCGCUACGUGUACCCUCUGCUGCACACUGUAGCAUUCUAUUAG